UUGAGCCCUUGCAAAGCAUAGACAUCCAUCCAGACCGAGACGGCCUUCCGGUUGGCGGGGCAGAUAUCGUGUGUUUGGAACCGCAACGUUGUUUGCCGCAGUAUAUGUCCAUCCAUCCAUCGGCCAAAGGAUCCGUGGCUGAGCUGCCGUGGUUUGAAAUCAACAACCGGGUUGCCAGGACUUGGUUUGUGACGGAAUACACCGUCUGUCUCUCGGUUAUGCCCGAGAAUUACGACAAUGCUCUGCAGUUUGUGCAGAGCAUGGAAAUGUAUAAAACCCUCGGGGCCACGAAAGUAUACCUUUACAAAAUGAACUGCAGCUCGCUCAUGGACCAAAUCUUACAUUUUUAUGUUCAAGAAGGCACAGUGGAGGUCAUACCUUGGCCAAUUACUUCCUACGUGCGCUUGUCUUCUUUUUGGUAUUCUUACCAGGACUGGGGCUAUGGAAAAACCACCGUUCUAAACGACUGCAUUUACCGUAAUAUGUACCGAAGCAAAUACGUCGUUUUUAAUGAUAUCGAUGAAAUUGUCCUUCCCCUGAAACACCCAAAUUGGAAAACUAUGAUCGAUAGCCUCGAGGAUCAAAAUCCAGGCGUUGGCAUUUUCUUUUUUGAGACUCACUUUUUCUCUCAAAAUGUAUUUUCAUCUUUGGAUAAAUUCAAUAUUUCUCUCCGGAAAACCAUCCCGGGCGUUAACAUCUUGCGACAUGUUUAUCGCGAGCCCAAUAAACUGCAUAUCAAUAUUUUGAAGAAAAUGAUUGUAAAUCCAAGGAGCGUGAUUCAGGCGUCCAGCCAUUCCGUUCUCAAAGGAUACGGUCGGACGCUCGAAGUUGCCAGGGACGUUGCAAUUCUUUACAACUGUAGGAGAUACCUUGAAAAUGAGUUUGGGGAACAGUAUCUCAUGCGGGACGCAAGCAUCUGGAGGUUCAACGUAUCGUUGAUCAGCAGCGUUAAUAAGGUUUUUGAUCACGUUCUUGGCAAUCAAAGCGAUAACGUCUCCAAGUCCUUUUGGCGCAUGUUCUUGGGAAGCCUUGCCAAAUUUUUUUAAAAGGUUUGUUUUUUUCACUUCAACAGAAUUGCCAGACAAGGAAGUGUUUUUCUUCACAUCAUUCACCCCUUUAGAGGAAGUCAAAAGGAUUAAAAAUACAGUUAGUUUCUCUUUAUA